GUGACCUCGUGGUUCUCGGCCUUCUGCUUCCUUCUCUCUCUUUUCGGGGUACUCGGAGCUCAGCCCUCCGCCUGCCCGCGUGCCUCCACGCAGCCCUCGCCCGUGGGGCGUGCACCGGCCCCCAGUGGCUCUCGCGGGCGGGCACGCGCGGGGGCGCGUGCAGGAGGAGAGCCUGUGCUCCCGGCUGGCUGGCGCGCGGCGGGGAGAGCCGGGCGCUGAGCCCAGCCCGCCGCUCACCUGCCGCCGCCGCUGCUCACCUGGAAGGAGCGCGCGUCCCGAACCCGCCCACCCGACUCGGAUCGCGGCCGCAGCCCCUCUCCGCCAGCCCCGGCGCCUACCCGAGACACCAGCAGCCCGCGCGCUUUGGAUGCACCCGAGGAGCCCUCCGACCUGGGCGCGCCAAGGUGACCCCCGGCCCAGAGGGCUGCGGACCCCUACUCCCCACAGCGUGCUGCCCUUCGGGUUUCCCACCCAGGAAUCGCCGCCUAGGGAGCGGCUGUCGUUCAGCUGCGCUGAGGACAGAGGUUAAAAUGAAUGAAGACCCGAAGGUCAAUGUCAGCGGGCUGCCUCAGGAUUACUUAGAUGCUAGUGCUGUGGAGAACAUCUCGGAUGCUGUCUCCUACCGGGUCCCUGUUGUGGAGGCAGAACCAGAGCUUGUUGUCAACCCCUGGGACAUUGUCUUGUGUACCUCGGGGACACUCAUUUCCUGUGAAAAUGCCAUUGUGGUCCUUAUUAUCUUCCACAACCCCAGCCUACGGGCACCCAUGUUCCUGCUGAUUGGCAGCCUGGCCCUAGCAGACCUCCUGGCUGGCCUCGGACUCAUCGUCAACUUUAUCUUCGCCUACUUGCUUCAGUCAGAAGCCACCAAACUGGUCACCACUGGACUCAUCGUGGCCUCUUUCUCUGCCUCUGUCUGCAGCUUGCUGGCCAUCACAGUUGACCGAUACCUAUCACUGUAUUAUGCACUGACCUACCAUUCAGAGAGGACAGUCACAUUCACCUAUGUCAUGCUCACCAUGCUCUGGGGCACCUCCAUCUGCUUGGGUUUGCUGCCCGUGUUGGGCUGGAAUUGCCUACGAGAUGAGUCCACAUGCAGCGUGGUGAGACCCCUUACCAAGAACAACACAGCUAUCCUCUCCAUCUCCUUCCUCUUCAUGUUCGCCCUUAUGUUGCAGCUCUACAUCCAGAUCUGCAAGAUUGUGAUGCGACACGCCCACCAGAUUGCCCUGCAGCACCACUUUCUAGCCACCUCACACUACGUGACCACGCGGAAAGGGGUCUCAACCCUGGCCCUCAUCCUGGGGACCUUUGCUGCCUGCUGGAUGCCUUUCACCCUCUACUCCUUGAUAGCUGAUUAUACCUACCCUUCCAUUUACACCUACGCCACCCUCCUGCCUGCCACCUACAAUUCAAUCAUCAACCCUGUCAUAUAUGCUUUCAGAAACCAAGAGAUCCAGAAGGCUCUCUGCCUCAUCUGCUGUGGCUGCACCCCAGCUGGGGUCUCCCAGAGGGCACGGUCCCCCAGUGAUGUGUAGUGGUGUCCCCACUCAGGGCAAUUCUACACAGGGAUUUCUACACUUACCAAGCUUUUCCACUGCCUGGCCACAUGGUUGAGAUACUUUCCUGAAAUUCUUUCUCCUGGAUUCUCUCUUAAGCCACAUGAGCACUUAGCUUCUUUCAGAUCAGUUAAGUGAUUGAAGGGAAAAUAAUAUGACCAAUGUUUCCACUCUAUAAAAACCAAAAAUAUGUUGAGUUCUCUGCACGUCAUGAUUUUGUUUUACUUGGGGGGGGGGGGAACUGGGGCUUGUUUGAUAUUUAUUUGGAAACGUGGUUUUGUUUUAUAUUAAUUUGGAAGAUUGGAGGUGGGUGGGUAGGGAAGGGAAAUGGUCAUAAAGUAAGCCCAUCCCAGAGUUUUCACCUGGACUUUAAAAUAAAACUGAUUUAUGUAGGAAAUUGGAGGCAAAUGUACUUUUUCUAGAAAUUUUUAUGUCAAAGUUGAUUUUCAAUGCUUCAUUUAUCUAACUGAAUAUACCCUCUUUCAAACCAAUGAAAAUUGUUUACCUGAUGAUGUUUCAAAGAGACAGAGUUAUUCAUGUAAAAUCAAUAAGAAGCUAUCAACACUGAAACCACAAACCCAUUCUUUUUCAUUCUUUCUCUUUCAGUAAUUACUGUUCACAAGAAUUACACUGAGUAUUGCAACUCUUUCUACAUAGUUGCCUAUGUUAGCUAGACCAUAAGUUUCAAAUGUUGCCAUGUAAAUCCAGAAUUAAAUGAGCUACUCUUCCAUUUAGGUUUUCAAUAUGUCCUUCUAAAACAAAUAAUGAAAAUUGUGUUUACAUUUACAUAUGAAGUAGGGCUGAUUAGAUCCAACAUUGUAGUCACUUAGCCUACAGUCUAGUUGUUUUUGAGAAAACACAAGAAAAACACUGGUAAUCUCCAUUAAAAUUAGAUUAAACUUCUUUUAGUAUACUUUGAAAAGUAAAUCAGUGUAACAUCAUAAGAAAAUAAAAACAUCACUUUCACUGUCUCUAUGCUUUAAAAUGUUUAUUAGUUAUUUUUAUUAAUACAAAUAGAAUCAAAUAUUAUAGACUAGCUAUUUCUGCUUUAUAGUGCCUGUGGUGAAAAAUACAUUUGAAACAGGUGGUCUCCACUUUUAAUUAUUAACUGUCUGAGUGCAUAGCAUACAAGUCUGGCAGUGAUAAAUAUCAGCUGCAUCGUGAAAGUCCACAGAUGGAAUGAUCAUGUGGCUGUCUAUAAAAUAAAGUUAAGUCUAAACUUUUUCCUUCUACACACACACACACACACACACACACACACACACACUAAAACAAAGACAGUAAUGCAGAUUUCCAGAGAGCAAAAAUGUAGUAAGCAAAUGACACAGAAGAAUCUGUGUCAAGUGUGGUAGAGUCCUUGUAUCUGAGCGUCCUCUUUGUUAAUGCAGACAGAUGUUUGGGAAACAGACUCCCUCCUUCUGUUUGCAGCAGAUUUGUAUCUGUGUUUGUACAACCAGUGGAAGUUUCUGGACAACACAUCAGCUUAGCUUAUUAAGAUGGGGGUACCACCAAUAUUUCAGAGUUUGGGGGGAUUAUUUGUGAUAAAUUAGUGUCAUUGGUUUGUCAUAAGUGUGAUAGUAUCUCUCCAAAUCCCCUUCUGAUGUAACACAAUGUGAAUAAGUCCUAUACUUGAAUUUCUAUCUCCUUUCUUAGGUUAUUUAGGGAAGCAGGAGAGAGACUGGGGAAGAAUUCUCACUGGAUGAUCAAUCAAUGAUCACAUUAAUGCUUUAAAAUUUUUUUUCUGUGAUGAAUUCAUAGAUUUGCUGAUAUGAGUCUAUCUUUAACUACUAAAAAAUUAACAGCCUCUCCAUAUGAGAAAUAACUAACAUAAGUUGCUUUUGACAGGGGCUGGGAAAUGUGCACAAUGAAGUCUUAAAGCAAUAAAUUUUUUUUUGAAAUGGUGGGUCCAUUUGCACAUCUCAAAUAGUAAGAAUUUUAAUGAUGAUAAUAUACACAUACUGUGAGCCCAGGUUUUCCUACGUCUACAUCUUGUUCUUUCCCUGCACUUUUGACCCUUAUUGGCUGGGAGGGGAGGAUAAUUUACAGCAUGUUAAUGUCAUAAUAUUUAGUCAUUGUUUUAAAUUACAAGUGAUGUGACUCUGGACAAGGUUCUAUGUAAAAGAGUUCUGUUUUUCAUCAUGUUCUUCACUGAGCAUUUCUGAUCCAAGACCAAGCCCCCAAAGGUACACCGUAAUAUUGUGGUGCAAAGAGAUGAAGGCAUUCUUAUUAUAAAUAUAGAGACUGUCCUUUGUCAUAUUAAAUAUCACAUUAUACACUGACAUCAAUAUGAAAUGAGCUAUUAAAAAGUGCCCCUUUUGUCAUACAUUAGUAAAAAGAUUUGCUUUUGA